CUAACUGAUUAUAAAACCAGAAGAAGCAACAGAUAAACAGAAGAGGAGGCUUUGAUGCUCCCAAACUAACAACCGCGUCCUCCUGCUACCUCACAGUAACUUAUGUCGCUGUCAUGUAGAUGGAGUCUUUCGUGCUGGUUAAAAAAAAAAGAAGUUUGAUUUAGAAAAAGUCUAAGUCGACGCUGCUAAAGUUAGCCACCUCCGCAACUAGCAUCUGUUAGCUUCCCGUUGCCUGACAACGGGCAGGAAGGAAGCUAAACAAACCUGCAAACCGACCUAACCGAACAAGACCUGCAUAUUUAACCACAUAGUUCUUCUGCUCUACAAUCAAACAGUAUGGCGGACAAUGGAAGACGUGGAGAGGAGGACGACCGUGGUCCAGGAGCGAUUCACCAGGUGUUUGUGUUGAUGGAGAAUCUGCUGGAGAAGCUGAAGGUUCUCAACUACGAGGAGGAAGUUCUUGGCAAGCACAAUAUGAAAAACCUGUCCAGACAUUACUUUGUCUCCAGUCCGUACAUGGCAUCCAACCCCGGGGAGCAGUUCUACAUGUUCACCAUCAUCGCUGCGUGGCUCAUCAACAUGGCGGGGAGGCCGUUCACCGAGCCGCAGGAGUACGAUGAACCCAACGCCACCUUGUCCAACAUCCUAGCAGAACUCCGAGCUUUUGGGGUGAAGGUGGACUUCCCACCAUCCAAACUGAAGUCCGGCUCCGGCGAGUACGUCUGCGUUGUGUUGGACCGACUGGCUGAGGAGGCUCUGAGGAGGAGAGGCUUCACCUUCAGGAGGCCAAACUAUCCAUCAGAAAACACAGAAGAAGAGUCUGUGAUGGAGGACAACGCAGAGCUCAUGCUCAGCAAAGUAGAGGACGAGAUGAUGGAGGAAGCCGAUGAUGAUGAGGAGACCGUGAUGGACCUGGAAGCUCUGAAGUUACGAACCACUCACACAGACACAGAGCUGUCAACCAAACCCGAGGAGAUUCUGGAGUCCACGGUGGACGCCGCCGAGUGGAACCUGGAGGUGGAGAGAGUCCUGCCACAGCUCAAAGUCACCAUCAGGACCGACAACAAGGACUGGAGAAUCCACGUGGACCAGAUGCAUCAGCACAGAGACGGAAUCAAGUCCUCACUGAAAGAGGCCAAGAACUACCUGGACAAGCUGCAGGAGGACAUCGGAAAGACUCUGGAGAAGGUGGGAAGCAGAGAGAAGUACAUCAACAACCAGUUGGAGCUUCUGAUCCAGGAGUACCGCAGCGCUCAGGCCAAACUCAGUGAGGCCAAAGAGCGCUACCAGCAGGCCAGCGGAGGAGUGAUGGAGAGAACUAGAGUUCUAGCUGAGAUCAGCGAGGAGCUGGAGAAGGUGAAGCAGGAGAUGGAGGACAAAGGCAGCAGUAUGUCUGAUGGAGCUCCGGUGGUGAAGAUCAAGCAGAGUUUGACGAAGCUGAAACAGGAGAUCGUUCAGAUGGACGUCAGGGUGGGGGUGGUGGAGCACACGCUGCUGCAGGCCAAGCUCAAAGAGAAGUCCAACAUGACGCGCGACAUGCACGCCACUAACAUCCCCGAGCCCGCCGCCGGUCCCUUCGCCUAGCAUCACCAACAAGGAGUGCUUCAGAUCUAAGCCAUCAUAUUUAUUAUUUCAUUUUUAUACUUAGGUUAUCACUCUGUGUGUAAAUAAAUGUAAAAUAAAUUUUCAUACUCAUCUUGUCUGUUUUGAGGUUUAAAAUUUGCAUGUUGCUAACAUGUCCACUAGAUGGCGCCAGAACUGCACACAAUGUUUAUUUAACCAUGAAAAUGAACUGGUCUGGUGUGUGACAGCUUUAGCUGGAGUUAGCUGCACAGUUUGCAUGAGAAAAAGUAAAUGUGGUAAAAACAUACCUGUAGAGGGGUUUCAGGAACUUUAAAACUAGACAACUGAACAAAAACUAAAAUGUUUCCAUCUUCAGAUUGAGUUAGAAAGAAUGCUGUUACCUCAUGAUGAAAUCAUUGUCACAUAUAAAUUUGUAAGUUUAAUAUAAAUGUUCAGAUUUGUUUA